AUGGUGGGUUUGCUGAGGAAGACCACUGGCCUUGUGGGAGUGGCUGUAUGUGACAGUCCACAUGAGAGGAUAAGAACAUUAAGGUAUACUUCAGAGGGUGGCCCAAUAGAAGAGGUGGUUCUUCAGGCUGAAAAGGAACUAAGUCUGGCAAGAAAAAUGAUGCAUUGGAAACCAUGGGAGCCAUUAAUGGAAGAACCUCCUGCCAACUAG